CGCCUCGAAGCAUUUCUGCGAUCUGCGAUCGGCGGUGACGACAUUUCAAACUGUUCUCGUUCUCCCGACGAGGUCGCUAUGGACAGCCGCCGUCUUCCUCUCUCCGGGAACGACCGGAAGCUUGCGGAAGAAGUUAUGUUCUUGCACUCUCUCUGGCGCCAGGGCCCGCCGCCUAAUCGCACUCGCUCCCGAAACCCUACUUUGGGUGCCGAUCUCCGUGAUCCCGGCGCCCCCCCUCCACGCGAUGGCCGGAAACGGAGGCAGAAGAAGAGGAUUAGAGGCGAGAUAGCCUCCUCAGAUCUAAAUGGCGACGUCCAGCCCUCCGAGAGCGGUGGGUUGCCGUGGCCUGUCGAAGAGUUACCGCCGCCUUCCACCGAGUGGCCGCCGGAGAAGAAACUGAGAUCUGCGCCGGAGCCCGCCCCUCCCCCAACCUCCGAGGAGCAGGCCAAGGUCGACGCGGCGAUCGCCCGGCAGAAGGCGCUCAAGGCGUCGCAGCUCUUCUUCGAGGAUCUGUACAAAGAGGACGAAGAGGGAUCCGAAGAAGACGACAACGAAUCCAUCGAAUUCGAGGAUGAUCUGGAGAAAUUGAAAAUCUACACUUUCUUCAUCGACAUUUUCACAAAGGAUCCGAUCCUGAGGCAGCACUACGAGAACAGCCAGACCGGGGAAUUCAAUUGCCUGGCCUGCGCAGGAAUCGGGAUGAAGGGCUUGAAGAAGUACAACAAUCCUGUCGCGAUCCUGCAGCACGCACAUUGUACAGUGACGGCCAAGAGGAAGAAAGGGCACCGGGCAUUCGCCCGAGCCCUGUGCAAGGUUCUUGGCUACAACUUCAAUAUGCUUCCUAGCUUGGUUCUCGACGCCGGAGAGCGUCUCGGUGAGUCCUUGGCAAAGGAUGUCAAAGCUCAGAAAGAAGCCGGUAUCGAAGAGGAAAACCAAGAACAUGUUGAGAAACAGGAAAAUGAAAACGCAGUCGAGGAGGAAAACACAGAAGAUGAUGCUGAGGAGGAAAAUAUGGAAGAUGAUGUCGAGGAGGAAAACACAGAAGAUGAUGCUGAGGAGGAAACUAUGGAAGAUGAUGUCGAGGAGGAAAACACAGAAGAUGUUGAGGAGGAAACUAUGGAAGAUGAUGUCGAGGAGGAAAACACAGAAGAUGAUCCUGAGGAGGAAAAUAUAGAAGAUGAUGUUGAGGAGGAAAACAUAGAAGGUGCUGUAGAGAAAGCCGAGAACAAAGAAGAUGUUGACCAAGUCGGAAACAAAGACGCCGUCGAGGAAGAAAACAUAGAAGAUGCUGCAGAGGAAGGGGAAGAUAUUUUUGAGGAAGUGGAAAACAAAGAUGCUGCUGAGCACGAAAACACAGAAAAUUCUGUAGAGAAAGGGGAAAACAUAGAUGCCAUUGAAGACGAAAACCCACCAGAGAACAUCACCAAUAACCUCACAGAAAAUCCACUUGAGUCAUCCUUCCAGUAGAUGCAUUUAGUCCUCUUCUUGUAAUCCAUGUCGCGUCAUGAUUCACAGGGAAUUUUGUACUGCCAAAUGACAGCAUCUGCAACUGAAAACCUGCCAUGUUCCUUAGUUUCAUUUCUGAACGUUAGUUUAAUAUUUCUGAAUUGUCUGGUCA